CAACAUUGCUCGAGACGAGUCCAAGCUCGAGCAGGACUGGCCGGCGCACGAGACACAGAGCGCGAGAGGGGGAGAGAGAGUGGGAGAGAGAGCGCGCGCGCACCCGGUCCGGACGGCAGACGAACACAGUCUGAACACAGACACACCGGGAGCUCGCGCACUGUGGACAUGGGUCUGUCUCUGAAGAGCUGGGUGACCAACGAGGGAGGAAAGCACUGCGUUCUGGUGGUAUGGGUAGGUGUGAGUGCGUGGAUCUUCUGGAGGACAUUUAGGUUAUACUGCAGCGGACCAGAGUAUUACUACUUACACAACAUGCUGGGGCCAGGACUGUGUGUGAGCCGAGCGUCAGCAUCCGUCCUGAAUCUGAACUGCAGCCUCGUCCUGCUGCCGAUGUGCAGGUCUGUCCUCACCGUUCUGAGGGGGCAGACACAGCUAAACAGCAGAAAAUUCCGCAGGUUGUUGGACAAAAGUAAAACCUUCCAUGUGGCGUGUGGUGUCUCUAUUUGCAUAUUCUCAGUGGUUCAUGUGAGCGCUCACCUUGUAAACGCAGUCAGCUUCUCUGUACGAUUCUCAGACGAAUUUCUUGACCUCAAUGUAGCACAUUACCGGGGACAGGAUCCCCGUGUCCUCAUUCUGACGACCGUUCCUGGGAUCACAGGCGUCCUAUUGGUGCUCAUUUUAUUCCUGAUGUUUACAGCGUCCUCUCACAGUAUACGAGUGUGCAGCUAUGAGAUCUUCUGGUACACUCACAACAUUUUUAUCGUCUUCUACAUCAUCCUGAUGCUGCAUGGACUGGGAGGGGUCGUAAAGUACCAGACGAACAUGGAGGCCCACCCACCAGGCUGCGUCAUGACCAAUCAGACGCAUCCAACUGAACCGACGGUGAAAGAUGAAAAGGGGGCGGAGUCAUCACAAAACUUCUCUACACUGUGUAGCGAAGAGGCCAAUUUUAAACGUCACUCCCCCGAGACGUGGUUGUGGGUCUCGGCUCCACUCUGCCUGUAUUGUGCAGAGAGAGUGUAUCGCUAUGUGAGAGGCAGCGCUCCUGUUACCGUGGUAUCGGUCACCAGGCACCUCUGUGAUGUCAUCGAGGUGCGCAUGCUGAAGAGUGGCUUUAAGCCCCGCCCAGGACAAUACAUUUUGCUGAACUGCCCGAGUGUAUCAUCAUUCGAAAACCAUGCAUUCACGCUGACUGCGUGUCCAACACAGAACAAAGACACAUUUGGGAUUCAUAUUCGAGUGCUUGGUGACUGGACGAAAUGUUUUUCACAGCUAUUAACUCCUGAGUCAGAACCCUCUGAGAUCCUUCCCAUGAUGCAUCAGCAGAGAUACCCCAGGUUAUACGUGGACGGUCCAUUCGGCAGUCCGUCCGAGGAGGUGUUUCGUUACGAUGUGAGUGUGUGUGUGGCUGGUGGGAUCGGUGUUACACCCUUCGCUUGUGUUCUGCACGCUCUGCUUGAUGACUGGCGUCACUAUAAGCUGCAGAGACUCUACUUUGUGUGGGUGUGUCGAGAGCUGGAGUGUUUCUACUGGUUCGCUGAACUGCUGUGUAGUUUAUAUCACAAGUUGUGGGAAGAGAAUCGACCGGAUUUCCUGAAUAUUCGUCUUUUUCUCACUAGUACACACAAGCUGCAGAACCUCUCAGAGGAAAAGUACCGCCCCCUGAGUUCCAGGCUUGUGAUUGGUCGACCCAGGUGGCAGCUGCUCUUUGAAGAGAUAGGAAAAGCCAAUCAGCAUAAGAAAGUGGGCGUGUUCAGCUGUGGCCCUAAAAAUGUCUCCAGAGAGCUACACAGACUUUGUAACUCGUUCUCGUCUUCGACGACCGUCUUCGAGUACAACAAAGAGUCGUUCAGCUAACACUCCCUGAAUGAGAUUUCAAACAAAGCUCAAGAGAUGAAAACUGGACACUUUCCCCGAAUUUCCACCACGUUAACCAAGAGAGAAUCUUUUACAACCAAAGGAUUUUUUAAGAACAUUUUAUUAAAGUUUUCUGUUUAAUUGUUACUCUUUAUGUAUUUAAAUGUUGAUGUUGAUUUGAGUGUAUGUAUAAAAAUGUUACUGUUUUGUAGAUUAUUUAAGAUUUUU